UCAGAGGAAGUAGUUCCUGUCUGGUGGUUUAUGUUUCAGAUGCUGUCGAACAGCUGAUCAGACUCAACUUCAGUCUGUCAGGACACUGCAGUACUACAGGAUCCACUCUGUGUACUGUUUACUCUGAGGUGUAGAUUAUUACAGCCUGUCAGUCACUAUUGAUCAGUGAUCAGUGAUUAUUUAUCAGUUAUGGCCAAAUGGGGUGAAGGAGAUCCUCGAUGGAUUGUUGAGGAGCGAGCUGACGCCACCAACGUCAACAACUGGCACUGGACGGAACGCGACGUGUCGGCCUGGUCGUCGGAGCGUCUCCGUCAGCUGCUGCUGGGGCUGCGGGUGGAGGGACCGGAGGGGGCGUGUCAGCUGACAGACGUCAUCAAACUGGAUGGAGAAGCUUCGAUCAACAACCGCAAAGGAAAACUCAUCUUCUUCUACGAGUGGCAGCUGAGAGCCAGCUGGCUGGGUAUGUCUGGCGGCGGAUUGAAGUACCGAGGCACCAUCGAGGUGUCAAACCUGUCGGACGAAAACGACCUGGGCGACCUUGACAUCUCGGUGUCUCUGUGUAAAGACCAGCCUGACACGCCACUCCUCGACCUCAUGAGGAGGACUGGGGUUCCCGAGGUCCGGAGGAUUCUGGGCGAGUACAUUCACCAGCUCAAAUCAGAGUUCAGUCAGGGGAUGAUCCUUCCUACCGCCAAUGGACCAAAACCGCCUGCACCUGAGCCCAGCAAGAAGAACCAGAUCAAGACCAGUAAAACCCAGAUCAGCUCCACUCCCAGGUGUUCCUCCAGCCCCGCCCCCUGUCCAACAGGUGUUCGUAUCCCAACCUGCAGCUUCAACCUGACGGAAACCUUCCAGACAUCAGCCGAUGAGCUCUACCGGACCUUCGUCAACCAGGAGUUCGUACAGGUGUUCACACGCUCGGCGGCAGUGGUGGACGGUUGCCGUGGAGGCAGGUUCCAGAUGUUGGAUGGGAGUGUCAGCGGAGAGUUCAUACAGCUGGUACCAGACCAGAGGAUUGAGAUGAGGUGGCGGUUCAGGACGUGGCCCAGCGAGCACUACGCCACCGUCAGUCUGGAGCUGGAGGACCGAGGAGACGAGACCGAGCUCAGGAUGGAGUGUCGAGGAGUCCCUGUGGGGGAGGAGGACUCCACCAGAGAGGGCUGGACCCGGUUUUACUUCCAGGCCAUAAAACAAACGUUUGGGUACUGAGAGUCUCUGAGAUACUGGACCCUGGGUCUGGUCUGACAGGCAGUCUGAGCGUCUAUGAGAUACUGGACCCUGAGUCCAGUCUGACAGGCAGUCCUGAGAGGACGGUGACUGGUCGACAGAGAUGAACUGAGAUAAACGUCACUAAAGGAACGUUUCGUUAAAGCUUCAGGGACAAGGAGUUCCUCAGGGUGGCGUACUGGAGCCUCUGAUCCUCACACUGAACCUCAGUCCGACAUUUAACAAACACUGUUGUUCUCUGUCAGAUCUGUUUCACAGGUAGGUCCAGGUGUUGUUAGUCUAGCUUAGCACAAAGAUUGUAAACAGGGUAAACUGUUCUUUUAAAAUCUGAUGUUUUCUGACUCACUGUGAAUAAACAACUGGUGAACAGACAAA